GGACUCUCUCUCUCUUUCUCUCUCUCUGGUGCUUUUAAGAGGAAACUUUGUGAUUUGUUCUUCAAGUUCACUUUAGUUCUCGUUCCUCUCUCAUCCAGCCUUCAUGUGUUUAUUUCCGUGACUCGUGAGAUGCGCACCGGGACUCGUGGAUCAGUACGGCUCGAAUUCCCCACGCAAGUAAUUUUAAAGCUUUAUCUCGGAUCGUAAUGUUUCCAGAAGUUUUCUGCACCGUACUGAACUACAUGGAAUAAUGUGGCAGAUUGUUUUUCUGUGUUGCGCUCUGGACGGUUCCUUUGCGUUCAGCGCGUUCCGUCCACCUGCAAACGCGUCUCUGCUCGCACCUGCCCGGGGCAUCGUGCGCAUUGUGGAUCGGAUUUAUCACGGGGGAGGAAAAGCCGGUUACCUUCUGUACAUGGAUGAGCAGCGCUUUCAGCUGGAUAUGGAGCGGGACGAGUCUAUACUGUCUCAUCACUUUGGUUUGAACGUGGACGCGCUGCCUCCGCGUCGGGAAUGCGUUUACCGCGGCACCGUCAAUUCAAACACAGAGUCACUUGCGGUAUUCAAUCUGUGUGGCGGCGGACUUAAUGGAUUUUUCGCGGUCGACCACGCGCGAUACACCAUCACGCCGCUCAUUCGGGCGAAAGGGCACGAAAAUGACCUGCACAUAGUCGAGGACACCGACGCGACGCGCGCUCUCCACUAUUACACCCGCGAGAGUUUCAGUUUCGAAGCGAUGCCCGCGCGGCACAGCUGCGGCACGCGUAACCGCAAAACGCGCAGUCAUAAAAAGCGGAAACGUGAGGAUGCGCGCGGACGCAGAUUGUGGACGAAGUUUGUGAAGCCCGAUGCGCUGACUCGAUUCAAACGCUCUGUGUCUCGCGCGCGGCACGUGGAGCUGCUGCUGGUCGCGGAUGCUUCCAUGACGAAGAAAUAUGGGAAGGACCUGCAGCAUUACCUGUUGACACUGGCGUCCAUCGCGUCCAAACUCUACGGGCACGCCAGCAUAGAGAAUCCCAUCCGUUUGUCUGUGGUUAAAGUCGUGAUUCUGUCUGAGAACGAAAAGGGGAUCGAAGUGUCCAAAAACGCCGCCGCGACGCUCAAGAGCUUCUGUAAGUGGCAGAACCAGCAGAACCCACUGGAUGACGAUCAUCAGCAUCACCAUGACGCGGCGAUCCUCUUCACCAGGCAGGAUCUGUGCGGUCAUCACUCAUGUGACACUCUGGGCAUGGCUGACGUGGGAACCGUGUGUACACCAGAGAGGAGCUGUGCCAUCAUUGAGGAUGACGGGCUGCACGCAGCUUUUACAGUGGCACAUGAGAUUGGGCAUCUGCUGGGUCUGUCACAUGACGACUCCAAGUUCUGCGAGGAGCAAUUCGGCUCCACUGAAGACAAACGGCUAAUGUCGUCCAUCCUGACCUCCAUCGACGCAUCCAAACCCUGGAGCCGCUGCACGUCCGCCACCAUCACAGACUUCUUCGAUGAUGGCAAUGCUGAGUGUCUGUUGGACACUCCUCGUCUGCCUCUCCUGGGUCCAGAGGAGUUGCCUGGUCAAAGUUAUGAUGCGGUUCAGCAAUGCCAUUUGGCCUUCGGGCCGGAGUACACUGUUUGUCCCGGGAUGGAUGUGUGCGCUCGUCUGUGGUGUGCCAUCAUCAGGAAGGGACAGAUGGUGUGUCUGACCAAGAAACUGCCAGCUGUGGAAGGAACACCGUGUGGGAAGGGACGGAUCUGUCUUCAGGGGAAAUGUAUGGACAAAACCCGAAAGAGACACUACUCGACAUCGAAUCAUGGCAGCUGGAGCUCCUGGGGUCCAUGGAGUUCCUGUUCUCGCACGUGUGGCGGUGGGGUCCAGUUUGCACAUCGUCUCUGUAAUAACCCUCCACCCCGAAACAACGGCCGCUUCUGCACCGGGAAGAGAGCCGUCUACCGGUCUUGCAAUGUCACGCCGUGCCCUUCAGCCAGUAAGAGUUUCCGUCAGGAACAGUGUGAGGUGCGUAACGGCCCUCAGACGGAUCCCAAAGGAGUGAAGACCUUUGUGGAAUGGGUUCCAAAAUUUGCCGGUGUGCUUCCCAAAGACAUGUGCAAACUCACCUGCAGAGCCAAAGGGACAGGAUACUAUGUAGUGUUCUCACAACGGGUGGUUGAUGGGACGGAAUGCCGUCCAUACAGCAGUUCGGUGUGUGUGAAGGGGAAGUGUGUUCGCACCGGCUGCGACAGUAUCAUCGGCUCUAAACUCCAGUAUGACAAGUGUGGCAUCUGCGGUGGCGAUGGCAACAGCUGUAUCAAAGUGGCUGGAAACUUCACCAAGAAGAGUAAGGGCUACACAGAUGUGGUGAAGGUUCCUGAGGGUUCAACACACCUGAAGGUUCGACAAUACAAAGCCAAAGGCCAAUCACGCUACACAGCAUAUCUGGCGCUGCGGCGGCCUGGAGGUGAAUACCUGCUGAACGGGAAGUUCAUGAUCUCCACAUCUGAGACCAUCAUCCCCCUCAAUGGCUCUGUUCUCAACUACACUGGCUGGAGUCAGCGGGACGAGGCCCUUCACAGCAUGGGCCCCGGGGCCCUUCAGGAGAGCCUGGUGGUGCAGAUUCUGGCCACGGAUUCUAAGAAACCAUUAGAAAUCCACUACAGCUUCUUCAUGCCACGCAAAAUGCCGCUUCCACCGAGAACAGUAGUUGCAACUUCAGAAACCGCCGCGGAAUUAUCAGCAGCCGAGAUCAUGACGUUUACUCCUGAGGUUCCUGCGACGAUGGAGUCUCCGACACCGACAACACCUGUGGGGCCACGCUGGGUAAUGGGAUCAUGGAUGACGUGCUCCAGAACUUGCGAUACGGGUUGGCAGAGUCGCACAGUUCAGUGCAAGGACCCUCAAGGGAAGCUGUCCAAGAGCUGCCCGAUCAGCACACGGCCAUCAGCCUUCAAACAGUGCCUGAUUAAAAAGUGUUGAGGACCCCUCAAUCAGACAAACUUCCUGACUGAGCUUUAUGGAGCACUUAGACUGAACCAUUGCAGUUGCGUUUGUAUGGAUGCUGUUCCAAUCACUGUGGAACUCUGCUAGUGUUUGCAAACAUGUUGCAUUGUGACUCAGACAAGGAGCUUUGACUCCAGCCUCGAUCUCGGUGAUGUUCAGCCACAUCCCUGAUCCAAACGAUACGCCUCUUGACUUCACAGUGGCAGAGAUUUAAACCAUUGCUGCAGUGUUUGAUGUUAAGGUGCGUUCACAUCUUCUAUCAUUGAUAAAAUGGAACGUUCUCCUAAUGUUCAUGUAACCCUAGAAAAGUGUUUUUAAAACAUAAAAAAACUGAUGUUCAAAAAACAUUCAGAAAUAACAUUUGUUUAACUUUUUGGGCAUGUUACCAUAACGUUCUGUAUCAAUAUCAUGUCCAAAAAAAAAAAAAGUGUUGAGGAUCCCUCAAUCAGACCAACUUCCUGAAAGAUCUUUGUGGAGCACAUAGACUAAACCAUGCAUUUAAAUAAAUGCUGUUCCGAACACGGUGGAAUUCUGCUAGUGCUCACAAUUGUGUGACAGAGAGCUAGCUAUGGCUCUAGAUUUAGAAUGUGGCCACAAUCACCCAAGCCUCUUUAAAAAAACACCCCCUUAAUCCAAAUGACAUGCCCUUUGAGUUCACACUGGCAGUGAUGUUAAGAUGCAUUCACAUUGAUAAAAUGCAACAUUCCCAUAACAUUCACAUAACCAUGAUUUGUUUUUCGUUCAUUCAGAAAUAAAAUGUUCAGAACUUAAUGGGUAUGUUAGCUAAAUGUUCUGUACGAGUUUUUUGUCCAGAAAACAAAGAGUGUUGAGGACCCCUCAGUCAGAUGAGCUUCCUGAGUGAGCUUCCUGAGUGAGCUUCGUGGAGCGCAUAGACUGAACCUUUACAGUUGCAUUUAUAUUAAUGCUGUUCCAAUCACUGUGGGAUUCUGCUAGUGUUCACAAUCGUUUUGCAUUAUGAUUCGGACAAGGAGACUCCAGCCUUGAAUAUGGCAAAAACCAAUUCAUGCACCUUUGCAUCAAUAUCAUGUACAAAAAAGUAAAAAAAAUGGUGGACCCCUCAAUCAGAUGAACUUUCUGAAUCCUGCUAGUGUUCACAAUCAUGUCAGCUUGUGGCUUGGACAAGGAGCUUUGGUUCUAAGCUCAUUUUCAGGUUUGUAGCUGAUGUUUAUGUGUUUGUUCCUCUGCGCUCUGUUUAUUUUCGUCUGAGUCUUAAACUCCCACAAUGAACUGAUCUUUGUUUCUUUGUUACAGAAAAACUAAAGAGGGCUCUUAUUUGAAAAAUAUGUUUGUCAUUUUCUGCGUUCAGGGCUUGAAAGACACUGUGUGCCCUUGAUACUUGCAAUAAUGCCAGCCGAUCACUCACACACUCACAGUCGUACCGUUUACAUGUUCGUGGGAAUGUUCCAGGCUCAAAACAAUCAAAAACUGUGUUUGCAGUGAAACAUUUAUAAUGGAUGUCUAAGAGGCAAGAAUUGCACAGGGUUAAAGCAGAAAUGUAAAACGUAUGUUUAUUAAAGCCUGUAUACUAAAAAAAAAAAUUCAGUAACACUAAUGGAAUUUUGUCUUAUCAGGUCUUUAUUAAUGUUAUCAAAAUGUUAGCACAAAAAAAAAAUUAUACAUUGGUCAUUUUAUUUAUUUAUUUUAUUUUUCAUAAAGGUUUCAGAAGUUCCGAUAAUAUUUGCAAAAUUCGAAAAUGGGAUGUUCCCUUUAAUGUUCAUAUAACCAAGAAUUAUUAUUUUUUAUUUUUUUUACAUUUCAAAAACUGGAUAUAUUGAACACUCACAGAACAUCAGGAAUAGUGUUCUCAUAACUCUUUGGGAGCAUUAGCACAUAUUCUUAGAACAGAGGUGUCCAAACCUGUUCCUGGAGGGCUACUGUCCUGCAGAGUUUGGCUCCAUCUCCAAUUAAACACACCUGAACCAGCGAAUAAAGGUCUUCACACUUAUUAGAAAUCUCCAGGAAGGUGCGCUGAGGCUGGAUGGAGCUAAACUCAAGGACACUGAUCCUUCUGUCUUAGAAAAUAUUUCUGUUAGCUGGGAGACUUCUGUUCUUGACAGAUGAUCUUGAUAUGUGUUAGUGAUGUAAGUGACUUUUACAUGUUCAUAACUUUGCACAGACAAGGUGACGUGUUCAACAUUUUUUGUUAAAGUCUUGUUCAAAACAAUGUGUUUUUUGACAUUCAUUCUGAUACGAUGUCUUGCCCCAUACACUUCCAUUGCAAGUUACUGUAAACACAAUCUUUGAAACUGAGGGAAGAGUUGAACUAAUUUUCUGUUAAUGAACAGCUUGACUUGUAUUGAGACCAGAACAUUCCUUUAAAUCGUUUUUUCACCUCAGUUCAACCAAACAACUUCAUUUCUCAGACCGUGAAACACUGAAGCUGAUGGAACAAAAUUGCACGCAGUGUGUUUUCAUGCUUUAUAGCUCAAACUGUCUUAUUUACAUUUGCAAAUGCUCGUGCAAGUUAACACCCCUUCUCAGAUAUGUGAUGUGUGUCCAGAUCAUUCAAUAACAUGUGAUUUAUGUGUGUCUUAUUAUAGUUGCAGAAAUCAGUUUAAAGUCAACAUGAAUCAACACUACCUUCAUUCAUGUUCCUUCUCUCAUUAUAAAUAAUCUUUCAUACUAAUUUGAUAUCAUCUGACUCCAUUCCAUUUGACCAUCUCAUCAAUUUGUAAAUAAAAGUAAUUUUUAAAAUGAACACAAUUAAAUUCAAAAUACACUACUUUUUUUCUAAUCGACUAUGCUGUUUCAUUUGGAAAUGCAUUACAUUACAGAAAGUGCAAUGGGUUGCGAAUGCAUUUCAUGUUGACUUUAAACCUGCUGAAGUUGCUUAAUUUGUGAACUUGUUUGUUUGAUUCAUUUUACACAAAUCCAGUAACUGAAUGAACUCAUGUGAUUCAAUGUUUGUUGCAGUAACUUUUUUCCAAGAUUUCAUCUGUUUACUCAAUGUAAUGCAGUACUGUUUUACCGUCUCAAUGGGAAAUGGCCAUUUCACUGAAAAUACACAGCACUGAUUUUAUAAUUUAUUGUUUGUAUAACUGGUAUGUGAAAAAAAAAGAAAACACAUGAUGAUUUUUGUAUUUAUUGCUAUGCUCAUUUUGUCAUAUAAAUACUAUUUAACUAGGAAUAUGUGUGAAUAGAAUAGUUCCUUUGAAUAUAUUUUCUAGCCAACUUCAUGAAUAUAUAUGUAUAAAACAAAGUGCUAUAUUUAAAA